AUGAAGUUUUUAAAAUAUUUAUUUGUUUUUACCUCGUUAAUAUCACUUAUUAAUUCACAAUCCUCACCCAGUAACUGUAAAUUUGAUGGAGUUGAUUUUAGCUUUUUAACAAACUCCACAGGAUAUUCGAGUACAGAUUCAAGUAACCAAUAUACAUAUUAUUUUAAUAUUUGUAAUUUAUCUUCAAAAUGCAAUACAUUAAAUUCCGGCCACAUUGUUGCCUGUCAAGUUAAAGGCACUAGUAAUCCAACUCCAGUUGGCUUUAUUGGUCAGGGUUACUUCUCUGGUUCUAAAAAGUCCGCCAAUUUAAGAUAUAAUACAAACACAAAUCCAUGCAGUGGUGGUGCAUUUAGAAGUUUUAAUAUAGUCAUGGAACCAGGAAAUAGUACAGGUGUUACAGUUUCCCAAAUCUUUGAAGUUUCAAAAUGUAGUUAUGAAGUUCACCUUACCUAUCCACAAGGAAAUAACAAUAAUAACAAUACCAAAGUUACCUGUGAAAACGAUGGAAAUGGAUUAACUAUUAAUAGCCUUGCUGGUAUUAGUUGCAAAUCGUAUGGUCCAACAACUUGUGUUGAUAAUAUUAGUGGGUCUACAUGUGAAACAAGUUAUAUAAAUGGUGAAAUUAAAUGCACAACCAAUUCAAAAGGACCAAACUCAAUGACUUGCACUAGUGAACAAUUGGAAUGCACAUCAAGUAAUAUGACAUGUUUAUUAAAAAAAAAUAGAUCUUUUUGGGUAAAUGGGGAACAUUCUAGCGAAAAACUAGUCACAAUGGAGAAUUAA